AUUUUGCAAACACACAAAAAAAGAACAAAUCUAAACUAAAAAAAAUCUUUAAUUAUGACUCUAAAUAAUCAGGGUCAAUCGAAGGAUACAACAAAUACAAAUACAUUUGUCAAUACGGCCUUUGUACACGAUGAAAACGGUUCGGAGACAGUGUUUCGACGUAAAAGUGGCAACUCUCAUGGAUUACAGUUAGAGGGUGAUUCCACACAAGCAACCAACAAUAAUAAUAUUAAUGUCGUUACUGCAACGGCCCCCUCCAUUGAUUUCGACGAUCUUUUGCCAAUGCUUGGCGAAUUCGGAAAAUAUCAAAAAAUCUUGUUUCUCUGCAUGAUUCCCUUCACAUUCUUUGUGGCGUUUGUAUAUUUUUCACAAAUCUUUUUAACGCUUAUACCGGAACAACAUUGGUGUACGGUGCCUGAAUUAAAUGGAUUACCAAUAGAUGAAAGACUGGCUCUUUCCAUACCUCGCAUGGUGAACGGUGACUACAACAAUUGCUUAAUGUACAAUGUCAAUUAUACCGAAAUGUUGGCGAAAGGAAUACAUGUUGCGGAUCCCUCUUGGCCAACGGUACCUUGUCGUCAUGGCUGGUCAUACAACUUUACCGAGAUUCCCUAUUCAACGGUGGCAACCGAGGAAAAUUGGGUCUGCGACAAUGCAGCUCUGCCCACAUACGCUCAAUCGAUAUUCUUUUUGGGUGCCAUUGUUGGAGGUCUGCUGUUUGGUUGGAUAGCGGAUAAAUUUGGACGUAUUCCAUCGUUAAUUGGCUGUAAUUUGGUGGGUUUUGCGGCGGGUGUGUCCACAGCAUUUGUAUCAAACUUUUGGCAAUUUGCCUUAAUGCGAUUCUUUGUGGGUUUUGCAUUUGAUAAUUGUUUUACCAUGAUGUACAUAUUAGUGCUGGAAUAUGUUGGUCCACGUUAUCGUACUUUUGUGGCAAACAUGUCAAUUGCCAUAUUCUUUACAUUGGCUGCUUGCAUUUUACCCUGGAUGGCUUACUAUUUAGCGAAUUGGAAAUUAUUAGCUUUGGCAACCUCAUUACCGUUACUAUUGGCGGUGUUUACACCCCUAGUGGUACCCGAAUCGGCAAGGUGGUUAGUAUCUCAGGGAAGAGUGGAUAAGGCUGUAUCGAUUUUAAAAAGAUUGGAAAAAAUGAAUGGAAAACACAUAACACCAGAAACUUAUCAAACUUUUAUUGAUAGUUGCAACAGAUUGAGACAAGAUGAAAACAAAAAUAACUCCUACUCCAUAUUGGAUCUUUUUAAGACUCCUCGCUUGAGAAGAACCACCAUUUUGUUGAUUAUUAUCUGGAUGGCUAUUUCGCUGGUUUUUGAUGGUCAUGUACGUAAUGUGGGUUCAUUGGGAUUGGACAUAUUCUUUACAUUUACAGUGGCCUGUUUUACCGAAUUCCCAGCCGAUACUUUACUCACUGUAACAUUAGAUAGAUUCGGCCGAAGAUGGCUUGCCUGUGGUAGCAUGGUGUUAAGUGGGGUCUUUAGCCUUUUGGCUACUAUUGCACCAGUGGGUGUAUAUUCGGCCAGUUUGGCUAUAAUGGGCAGAUUCUUUGUAAAUAUUUCCUAUAACAUAGGUUUACAAUAUGCCGCAGAAAUUUUACCCACCGUUGUUAGGGCUCAAGGUGUAGCAUUUAUUCACAUUAUGGGAUAUGUGGCCUCUAUUAUUGCACCAUUUGUGGUUUAUUUAAGUAAUAUCUCAGCUAUGUUACCACUUAUAAUAUUGGGAAUAUUGGGCAUAGCCGGAGGCUUAAUGAGUCUUUUAUUGCCUGAAACUCUGGAUCAUGAUUUGCCACAAACACUAACCGAUGGUGAAGAGUUCGGUAGGGGACAAAGUAUAUGGGAUUUCCCAUGUUUGGCCAAAAAGAUUGACGAAACUAAUGAUUUAGAGGUAAGAAGUCCACAUUUUGUUAGAUCCACCCAAAGUGGUGCUUCACUAAGAGCCUCUACCACUGCCGAAUUACGUUCCAGUAUUUUACAACGAUCUGUAAGAUCGCGCUAUUGUUCUAAGUUAUAAGUAGUUACUAAUAGAUCAC